GAUGAACUUUUCCGGGUUCUGUCAUCUCUCAAACUAAUAGCACACAGAUAUCGAUGGCGUAGAAGCAGGUGGGGGCAAGCAUGUCCUGUGGCUCUAAAGGAAGGUGAUAUUGUAAUGGGAAACCCAGACUUGGCUGUCAGUUUUCUAGGUAAAAUGUACAUACUGUCAUCCCCAGAGGCAUUGAAAACAUUUGUGUUGAAUCCACGGCCUUACCUGUUACCACCAAUGCCGCUUCCUCCUUGUAAAGUACUAGUAUUUGGUCCUCCAUUCUCUGGAAGAACAACUAUUUGUAACCUAAUUGCACACAAAUAUAAAGGACAGGUUCUUGAUAUGGCCAAACUCAUUCAACACCGUGUGAAAGAAGCAAGAGAAGAAAACAUUGAGCAAGUGCGAAGGGAUACAGUAGAAAAGGCUAUAACAGCAGUGAAAAAUAGGUUGGAAUUAGAAAAACAGUCAAGAGAACCAGGAAUCUCAGAGGUAACUGCUGACCACCCAGAAGUUCAAGCAAUGGUAGAAGAAGCCAUAAAAAGUGCAUUAGUCUCCAAAGUUAUACUGUCAUCUGAAAUAUAUGCCGAAGUACUGGAGAGAGCUAUUGCAGAGCUUAUGAAGAAGAACAAAGACAGGUUUCCUGGUGCUCCAGAAAAAGGAGGAUGGGUAGUGGAUAACUACCCUCUAUCAGUAGAUCACUGGAGAGCUUUAUCAGAAAAAGGACUUUUACCCGACACUGUCGUCUGUCUGAAGGAUACAGAAAAAGAUGGAGUCUGUCUACUACACAGAACAUACCUAGCAAAUAAGGAUGACAUUAAUUUCAAAAUUUUGAAAAGACUAACAGAUGAAGCAUUAGAAAAGAAAGAAGAAGAAGUAAGAAGAGAAAUGCAAGAAAAACUGAGAUCAGAGGAAGAUCAAUCUCUAGAGGCUGCUGGGGAGAAAGAAUUUGAGGACAAGGAUGAGCAGCUUCCACCUGAAACUGAACAAAUGUCCCGAAAACAGUCCAGUGACUCUGCAGGUUAUAAAGAAGAAUCUAAACCUACAGAAAUCAUACUACCUGAGUUUGCAGAGGAUGAUUUUCCAGAUGUACCAGAAAUGGAAACAAUUAAAAGGAAGAUUGACCUUUUCAUGAAUGACUGGCAAACAGUGGAGUCAGAAAUCAAGCAGUCAUCUCUAGUUCAGGUUGUUGUUUUGGAGAUUGCUGAGCAAACUCCAGAAAGUCUGCUUAAUCAAACUGUGCUGGUUAUGGAAAAACCUUUUAAAUAUCAUGGUUGGGAAUUAUCUGAUGAAGACUUAGAUGAGGAAGCAGAAGAUCUGGCUGCUGAAGGGGAAGAUGAAGAAAAAGAAGUUGAAGAAGAAGAAAAUGAAGAAGCUCCUCCUUUGCGGGUAUGCUUACUUGGGGCUCAUGGAGCAGGUAAAACUACAUGUGCACGACAGAUAGCAGACAAAUUAGGCAUUUUCCAUAUUCAGUUUGAAGAAUAUCUACAGGGAUUGAUCUUACCCAAAACUAAAGAGAAAGUUGGACCCCAUUUUGAUGAAGAACAUGAAGAAGAUGACACUAAAAUGCCAAUUCCAUCACAGGAACUUGAAGACUUCUCUCAGACCAUGACUGAAACUGAGAAUGAAAAAAGCAAAGAGGAAGUGGAGUUAACUGAUGAGGAAGAAGCAAUCAAAGCAAAUCUAAUGGAUAAUGAGGCACUGCCUCCAGAAGUCCUUGAUAACAUUGUUCCUGACUGGUGGAGGAAAGAGCCAUUCCGGUCCACGGGAUUUAUACUGGAUGGUUUCCCUCGUACUUUAGAUGAAGCUCAGUAUUUGUCAGAACGAGGACUCUGUCCUGAUGUUGCAGUUUAUAUUAAAGUAGAAGAAAGUGACGUUCUUGGCCGUCUUUUUCCUCCACGUCUGAAAAAAUGGAAAGACAGACAGUAUAAGAAAAUGGAAAAUAAAAAGAAGCUGAAAGACCUGAAAGCAAAAAUACGGGAUGAGAGGAUUGCUAGAAGAAGGGAAGAACUUUUAGCAGAACAAAAACAAAAGAAACAGGAGGCUUUAGCAGAUAAGGAGCACGAUGAAGCCACUGCAGAGGAAGAUGAGAAUGAAAAUGAAGAUGUUGAAGCUAUACUUGAAGAAGAGUUUUUAGAAGAAGAAGAAGAAGAAGAAGAAGAAGAAGAGGCUGACGAAGAACAGGAGACUGAUGCUGUUGAUCGCAUACAAAAUGAAAUUACAGAAAAGUUUGAUUCAGAAAUAGACAGUUUACAAAGUGUACAGGAAGAACUUGAAAAAUUGUUAAUACCACAAAUCGAGAUAAAUGGAGGACGAAAGCCUCAUAUUGUAUGCUACCAAGUAUAUAGCAAGAUGAAUUCUCUAAUGGAAAAUCGUGGAAGCAUUUUUGAGAAAUGUUAUCCAAUAAGUUUGCCACUUGCACAAAAGAUGCUAGUUUUUUCAUAUAAAUUUCCAAGUUCUUUCGGUCAGUGGGAUCCAAUCAAGCUAAGUGAAGGAGAUGUAAUCAAGCCACAACAAAGCCAUGAAAACACAGUCUUUCCUGUAAUCCAUCGACAAUAUAUUUACUUCUUUUCAAGCAAAGAAAAUACAGAAAUGUUUAUGAAAAAUCCCAUCAAAUAUAUUCGUCAGCCAAAACCUAAACUACCUGUGCCAGUUAAGAUUGCAAUCGUGGGACCUCCAAAAUCUGGAAAGACUACAGUUGCCAAGAAAUUUGCAAGUGUAUAUGGGUUACUGCGCCUGAGUAUGGGAGAUGCCAUACGGCUAGUGUUAAACAAUCAGCCAGAGACCGAGUUGGCACUUUCGUUAAAGCGGCAUCUUCACAAAGGACUGACCGUACCUGAUGAACUGGCCAUCCAGGUUCUAGAUGUGGCUCUGAUGAAUCACGUGUGUAAUACCACCGGAGUCGUAAUUGAUGGAUAUCCUGUAACAAGAAAACAAGUAAACCUCUUGGAAUCAGCUAGGAUAAUUCCAGUGAAAAUCUUUGAAUUAGAAAUGGAUGCAAAGGAAGUGUUCAGAAGAGCACUGCUGGAUAAGGAAAGCAUGAAUAGACCUCCCUACCCGGAACAUGACAGCUCACAGAUUCUAGCUAUUAAAAAUUCCUGCUAUAAACAGCACAUUGAUGAAAUUAGGACUUACUAUACGAGGGAGCACCAGAAUUGGUGUGUGAUUGAUGCCUUUCAGAGCAAGUGGUGGAUCUGGAACAAAGUACUGCAGGAAGUUCAAGUGGUUGUUAAAGAAAUCCAGAUAUACCUGGAAAGAAUAAGAGAAGGAAAAGCAGCUGGCAUUGCUGAUUUAUGUAUCACUCCCGAAGAGCUGCAGUAUCGGCUGGGGGAGUUUGGACAGUACUGUCCCGUCAGCCUUGCAGAAAAGGGUGAAUUGGUUGACUGCUCUGCAACGUCGUCAUUGCAGUUUGCUGCAGAAUUUCGAGGACACUAUUAUAAAAUGGCUUCACAGGAACAACUGGACAAAUUCUUGAGCAGACCAGAGGUUUAUGUGCCACCACUGGCACCUCACCCUCUCCCACCCCAAGAAAUGCUACCAAAGAAACUGACUGCGGCAGAAGUGAAGGCGUUAUUUCCUAGAAGUGCUGAAAUGCAGGGAUACUGUCCAGUCACUUACCUAGAUGGAAAACAGAGAUAUGAAGCUUUGGUGCCUGGCAACAUUGAGUAUGCAGCAAAAUAUCAAGAUAAGGUAUAUAUUUUUGAAAGUGAAGAAAAACUUCUGAAGUUUAUGAGGUUACCAGAAAAGUACUGGAAUCUGAAGCUUCCACGUAAACUGCCUCCAGUAAAGGAGCCCAUACUACUCACUGCACUUCCCUUGGCUGGAUACCUUGAACAGGGAGUAGCGACUUCUCUAAUAAAAGCUCUGAAUGAAGUAGGCUCCUUAAAGCCAAAGUUUCCAUUCCUAAGCAUAAAAGAAACUGCUCUGCUCUUUGUUGCCUGCCAUUUAAAAG